AUGGUGACGCGGCGAGAAAGGAUAGAGGACCUGAGGCUGGCGAGACAGCGGUGACAAAUAGGCGAGCCCAGCGAACGGGGAAGGAUCGGUGUGAUCUUCAACGUGGGAACGGACGACAUCUCCAUCGAGGAGAGCGCGGUGAUGGUCAGCGACGGCAAGUACCAUGUGGUGCGAUUCACUCGCAGUGGCGGCAACGCCACGCUACAGGUGGACAACCAGCCUGUCAUCGAACGCUUCCCCUCAGGUCGCCAGCUGACUAUCUUCAACAGCCAGGCGUUCAUCAAAAUCGGUGGUGGGGAGAAGGGACGCCACUUCCAGGGCCAGAUCUCGGGCCUGUACUAUAACGGCCUGCAAGUCCUCAAACUGGCCGCCGAGGGCGACUCCAAUAUCCAGACCCAGGGCAACCUGCGGCUGGUGGGCGACGUGCCCUCGGUGCUCACCACGGACACCACCUCCACCACCCCGCUGGCCGAUAUGUCCACCACCAUAAUGGAGACGACCACCACCAUGGCCACGACCACCACCCGCAAACAGCGCUCGCCCACCAUGAGGGACAGCGUCACGCAGAAUGCUGAUGAUCUGUUGGUAGCUUCAGCAGAGUGUCCCAGUGACGACGAAGAUUUGGAGGAGUGUGAGCCCGGAAAUGGAGGUGAAUUAGUGUUGCCCAUAAUAACAGUGGACUCCCUAGACCCCCCAUCUAUUGCCACCCGCUACCCAGUAAUUCCCCCAUCCCCCACCACCUACCGCCCUUUCCUCACCCUGCUCGAAACCACCAAAGAGUCCCUACCCUUGCCCAAUGGCCGUGCCCCCUGCCCCUUGGAUCAAGAGGACUGUGAAGAGAACAUUGGGGGAUCGGCGUAUGGUUCAGGGGAGAUGACCGAAACAGAUGACGAGGACUAUUAUAAAAACUCCCCACUGGUCACCGAUAGAACAGUCCUCCCUCCCCCGCCUGCCGUCGAGGGUGGUGUCCAAAACCCUAGAGACCGCCAUUUCUCCCGACACCCCAUCUCCCAUCGGCCCCCUCUAGCUUCCACCCCAACCACCAAUCCAGAUCAGCUCAAUCCUCGCGUCAAAUCAGUUGGCGGCAGUAGUAGUGGUAGUAGUAGUAGUAGUAGUAGUAGUAGUAGCAACAACAUCCCUGCUGGAAAAAUGAACACCCGCGACCAGGUGCUGCUGCCGCCAGCCCACCCCUCGUCCGACCCGGGCCACCGCCGGAUCCCGGGAUUAACCUACCCACCAAAUUUUCCCCAUGUUCCCACUCCAGACCCAACCUCCCCAGAAAGAGGCCUCCCAGGCGCCGUGGAGGUGCAGCAGUCCAGCAGCACCACGGGUAUGGUGGUGGGUAUCGUGGCGGCCGCCGCCCUCUGCAUCCUCAUCCUGCUCUACGCCAUGUACAAGUACCGCAACCGCGACGAGGGCUCCUACCAGGUGGACCAAAGUCGCAACUACAUCAGCAACUCGGCGACGCAGAGCAACGGAGCCCUGGUGAAGGAAAAGCAACCCACCACUGCCAAGACGGUCACCAAGAACAAGAAGAACAAAGACAAGGAGUACUACGUUUGAGGGGACGGAGCUACCACAGUCAGAGACAGACAGCACAUGCACUUAGAAAAGGAAAGAGACCAGGGAGCUCAAAGGAGAGAGAGGCAACGUGCGGAGAGCAGCAAACAAAGUGGCAAAUUACUUUCAAACUCAGUGUUGUCAAGUGAUCAUAUGUUACCGUUAGUACUUCAAUCCAAGGGAGGCAGCACAAACAGAGGGCAGAGUGGCAUUGGGGUUCUGUUUCCACUAAUAUGUAUUGUAUUUAUUGAUCUGACUCGAUUAAGAUUCAAUAUUAACUAGGUUGAUUGUACGGAAAGGUUACAACACAUAGAAUAAGAAUGCAAACUGUGCCAACAACAACGUAGCAAAUGCUGAUAAGACAGUGAUUUAGGGUUAUGUAAUAUCUUGAGUACUGUAGGAAGGAUCGCCAACAGUAUUUCUGCUAAAGUCUCCACUCUGAGGCCAGUCUGUAGUGAAUAUGAUCACCUUGAACGUAGCAUUAAUUUUGACCAAAUUGGCUCAACUUAGCAACUAACAAUUAACAAAAAAAAUUAAAGACAAUACUGCCAACUUGGAAAAAUGCUGCAUCAAAUCUAACCCUCCCACAUCUGAAAGCGUUUUAACAUCUCUCUCCUCGACACGUUGGUCAGAGGGCUCCAUUUUCUCUCCUUCUCUACAGUGCCUAGAAGCUGAUGCGACGAAAACUCUGCCGUGUUUCAAGCAUGUAGUAUUCAUUUAUGAAAAAGAGAUUAAACAGUUUUUCUUUCUGUGGAGUCAAAAAAAAAAAAAACUUUGAAAAAAAACACAACGGUUGACGAUCUUAACAACGUUAAAACGUAGCAACUGUGUGAAGAUACCACCGCUCCGACCGAAUGGAUUGCUGACUCGUACGUUUAGCCGCCAAAAACCUGUCGAGGCCAAACCCCCCCCCCCCCUCGGUCGAUCUUUGUUCCAGCAGAUGUGUGUAAUGUGUUUGUGGGGGGCACCGAGGAUCCCCUCAGUGGGCCAGGAGAGAAACUGUCACACCCUUACUUAUCACAGUUUAAAAAAAAACUCCGGCAAACCAGACGAACUCUGUUCUAUAUAAUUAUAAAUAUAUGUAUAGACGUUGCAGAAACCUAUGGACCUAAAUCGUGCGCAAGUCUAUGAGUAAAUUGGAGAAUGCACAGCGAAGGUGGGCUUUAGGAUUUUUGACGUCGGAAACGCCCAGUCCCCUUACCCCUCUCAUGAACAGUACAGCUGAAGAAAUGCUCUGCUGCGGGACUCAGUCACUUCAAUUUGCUUUUUUUUUGCUUCCUUUUUUUAUUUGAUUAUUUUUUUCUCUGAAGAAGUGAGAGACACUCAAAGGGUCGCUCUGAAUUUAUUCCUUCUGGAGUUACACUGUGGAGAGUAAAAAUCUAUCUUGCAGCCGAGAAAAAGCAACUUGUGUCUUUCACCCCCUCUCUUGCCUGACUGAACUCACCGCAGCCAAUGGGCAAAGCAAACUUUGUGGGAAAAGCACACAAACAAAAAGGUGAAAUGCGGUUCCCUGGAAGAUGUACAACUGAACUCUAGUAUUCCAAUUUUCGCAACUCUAUUAAAAAAGGAAACUGAACCAUGAAAAGAAAAUUCCAGAAAAAAGUUUGUGAAAUGUCUAAAUAUUUGACUUUCAUCCCAUUACUAAGAGAAAUGUGUUUGCCCUUCUAUCAUUCCCAUUUGGAGAAAAAAAAAUAUGAUUCUGGGAAACUGAAAUUUCUGUGUAUUUUCUUUUAGUGAUUGAGCAAAUGUGAUUUGGGUUACAAACAAAAGCUAUAGAUUCUCCUCUUCUGGAGAAGAUAAGUUCCCCUUAUUCCAUCCGUCAUCCAAAAGUCUAUCUUUUAUUUUCUCGUCAUCCUGCAUCUCCUUCCUUGUAUGGCAGAUUGUAUGUUUCAUAUCCUGUGGAGAAAGCAAGCUGUGUCCGACCUGCAGUUUCUGUUUGUUUUAUAUCUAUCACUGUAUGUAAAGUGAGAGACACGAUGGCAACCACUCAUUUGACAGGCUCCAUCGAUUUACUCUCCUGCCAUGUUUUUAAUUUUCAUUCUUCUCUCUGUCCAUUCCAAGCAUACUCCUCCCAGUAUCUUCCUGUUCUUUCUAAAUGUUAUUGUAAAGUGUUCCUGUGAGAUGACUCUAAAUAUGUGUACAUUAACAGAGGGAAUACACUUGGUUAUAUACUUCUUA